GCAGAGGCCAGUGAAGCUAUUUCCCCCUUUCUGUCAACAUGACGCUCAUGAAAUGCAUGUUCAUUGUUCUUCUGAGCCGACUCUGUCAAGCUACUCAAAACUCAUCUACUCAAACAACGAAUGUCCCAGUGAGAUCAGAUGGAAAUAACACAGAACUACCAGAGGAAGUUAACAGGGACCCUUUCAUACACAGGCUCUCUGGUAAAUGCAGCUGGACUCUCAGGAUGCCAGGAAACAGCAGCAGUGGCAAGGUGGCACUCUUAUCAUAUACCACAGAUUUAGCUGAACGUGUUUGUUGGGAUCUCGACUGUGGCAGUGUCUAUCAUGUGAAUACAACCCGCUCACCUCCCAACACCACCUGCUUUCAUGACUGUUUGUACCAAGAUGGUCGUCUGCAGAACUGCUCACAGAGCGUGGGAAGUGACUGCACUGUGAUCACUGAGGCUGUAUGUGGCCAUCAGGCUGUGCGGCUGGCAGGAGGAACAAACCGCUGUGCAGGACGGGUGGAGUUAUGGAGAGAUGGGAGAUGGGGCACAGUGUGUGAUGACCAGUGGGACCUGAGGGAUGCUGACGUGGUGUGCGCCCAGCUCGGCUGUGGUUACGCCCUCAAUGUAACGGGACAGGGUGGUCCCUUCCCCUCAGGCAGAGGGCCCAUCCACCUGGAUGAGCUGAACUGUACGGGCAAGGAGGGGAACCUGUGGGCCUGUCCGGCCACUCACAAUGACACCGACUGUGGACACAAAGAGGAUGCCGGGGUCGUAUGCUCAGAGAUGAGAGCAGUCAGACUGACCGGAGGCUUGGACCGCUGCUCUGGUAAAGUGGAGAUCCAUCGUAAUGGCAGCUGGGGGACGGUGUGUGAUACCUGCUGGGAUAGCGACAUGGCCUCCAUGGUGUGCUCCAUGCUGCAGUGUGGGACGGCUCUGAAAUAUACCCAGUUUGAUUUUCCUCGAGUACACAACAAUGGGACACUGUGGUUCUAUCUAUGCGCCUCACAAGCCAAGAACCUGUGGCAGUGCAAAGAGUACAUCAAUGUACCACAUGUGUGCUCCACCUCGAAAGCAUCUUAUCUUAUCUGCAAUGGUUCCCUCGGAUUCACCACAGCUAAUGUAACUACAAUUAUCCCUGGAGUGACAGUUACACCAACCAGCAGUCCGCCUGUAGAGCUCUUCUUAGUGUCUCCAGAGCUGCUCACCUCCAUGUCUCUGUGUGUGGUGCUCUUCGUGCUUCUGAUCACAAACACGGUGCUCUGCUGCCAUUACAGAAGAAGACACGCUUUCUUACUACAGCAGACACGCUCCGGCACACCAUUUUCCUCUUCCUCUGCAAAUCGCCACAACGAUUACCACGACGCUGUCAAUCUCGUCAAGGUCACUGCCAACCCGCAGCAGACAGAUGUCCCCUCCAAUCCCAGGCAUCUUUGGACCCAGCUUAGUAGUGUUGACAGCACAUCAGUAGAUACAGACUAUGAGCAGUAUGAUCCAAGCAAUCACCCAUCUGUCCCUUUAUCAACCUUUCGGAAUUCUCAGCGGUACAGAACGGACGUGAACUCUUUGAUGGCACCUUCAGGUCUUAACAGCCUACGUGAGGAAGGCCCUGAAACCACAAAUGGAAUGAUGGGAGCCUUUACAAACUAUAAUGGUUGUCAAAUAAGCGAUCCGUAUGCCCGGGUGUCGAAGAUCACAGAGGACUCAUUUGAUAGCUCCAGCACCUCAUCUGGGGAAUGCUACGAAAACACAAAACCUGACGAUAUCACAGAGCCAGGACCAGGCCAGUCAUUCGCUGUCAGCGGUACCCCUGAUCCUCCAAGGUUCUUCUUCAGCAAUGACCAGAUGUACUCUGGACAACAAACAAACAUGCAGAAUUCAGGUGAUGAAGAUGAUGGCCCUAUCUACUCUCCUGUGAGCCCUGACUGCGAAACAUCAUCUGAGGAUGAGUAUGAUGACGUAGGAUCAUAAUAGAGACCAGGAACCUGUCCUGUAAGACCAAAUACCAG